AUGCCUACCAGGAGGGUCCGAGACUGCGAGAGAAGACGUUGCGCCGAAGCCUGCGAGAGCUGUAAACGUCGCAAGCAAAGAUGCGACGGUCGACGCCCCUGUGCUCGCUGCAUCAAGCGAGGUCUCAGUCACGAAUGUCGGGAAUCCGCAUCAGUGUCGGGUCUUGGGGCUCGUCGUAUCGUUGCUUCAUCACUGCCGAGCCCAGACCCUGAAAGACUGAGUAACAUCACGGAACAACACACUCCAGCUGGUAGUAUCACCGUUGGGUCCAGGUCAGGAUUGACGUCGGCGGAGGAGACCUAUGUUGACGAUCAGACCUCUUCGUCGCUGCAAUUGCUGUCGGAUACACAACCUGAAAGGCUCCCUCGGAUGUCACGCCUUGUGCAAGAUACCAGAGGUGAAUACAUGUUUAUUGGCGACUCUGCGACAUUGUCCUUUCUACAAAACAUCCGCAGAAUCGUUCGUCGUAGCAUAGGAGACUGUGCACUCGUCGACGAUCCACUGAGGCAUGGAAUUGUCGAAUCAUCGCCUGAAACACGGCGAGGAUGGAUUCUAUCCAGCGCUCAGAAUCCGCCUCCACAACAAACGGAACAGGAAGUUGAUUACCUCGUCAAGUGGUACAUGCAAUCGACUAAUUGCAUGCUGUUACUAUUCGACCAAAAGCAACUCCAUCAUGACAUUCGCAAAUGGAUAGAAGAUGGUCAAAACAUUUCUGAUUCAGCGAGUUCUGUCUAUUUUCUUGUGUUUGCCAUUGGUGCGCAAACUGGACCAGGAGACAAAGAUGAUCAGGCCGACACCUUCUUCAACUACGCUCGAUACUUGACAGUCGAGACAUUGAUAGAAGAACCAGGAAUUGUCACCAUCCAAGCGUUGGUCCUCAUCGCAAUGUAUCUCUUGGGUGCAUCUCGCCGUAACGCAGCUUUCAUGUACCUCGGCAUGGGUGUACGAGCUGCGUAUGCGAUUGGAUUGCAUCGCCAUGAUAUUUCUUCCCUAUUUUCUCCAACAGAAGCACGGGCGCGAGAGCAGCUUUGGAAAGGCAUUCGUAUUCUUGACUUGUUCAUGAGCGCAUCGCUUGGUCGGCCACCUUCGACGUCCGAGUUGCGUGACACAACAAACCCACAGAACUACUCUGCUUGUAAUGAUCUGUCAAUGAUCUUCGAGUCCAUUCUCACAGAUGUAUACGCCAAAAGAAUGAUCACACCCGAGAUACUGGAACGUAUCAGUAAGCAGCUCAGAAGAUGGACCUCGCAGUGUGGCGAAGGGUUGGCUGUUGAUGGAAUUGAACAAGAGGAACUGAUCAGGGACGAGAGUGGCGAGGAACAGCCAAACAUCGGUCUCAUGCAUCUCAAAUUGACGGGACACUGGAGCAUUAUGCUACUGUCUCUUCCGUUUCUCCACAAGGCAGUUUCUCAACAUGUUGAAGAAGCAGAGCAAUCGUCCAACACAUCUACCAAGCGUUCCUCGUCAUCCAACGAGGUACUCGUCCACUCCUGUCUCGAAUCAGCCGUACGGACAGUCGACCUCCUACAACCCCUUCUCAAAGUAGGCACCAUUCCAAAACGUUUACCAAUAGUUGGAAACUCAGCAUUCGUGUCUGGACUGGUACUCGGAGCAGCCAUAUUUGGCGAUUUUGAUAACUGUUUUCCGCUAGAAAAGAGUCUCCACGCUGCAAGGAGUGUUCUUGAACAUCUAGCCCGCCACGAUGCUGUAGCCAAACGCCAUCUCAUGAUCCUAGAUCAUCUCCAAGGAGCAUGCGAGAUUUAUAUGGACAAUAGAGCCAGGUUACGGAUGGAGCGACAAGGUCAUUUAGUUAAUGGUCUUUUUGGCAGCAUUCACACUAUAGGAAAAUCACCAUUGCGUGAGUCUCAUCAGCCAGAGAUAAAUUUCCGAAUAGCGCCAUCUGAGGGACUACAAACACAACCUCAGACUCCCGGGCCUGGUCAAGUACCACAUCAAGAGGUGUCGAGUGAGCAACAGGACUUCACCAUGGAAGGAGGAGUGCAGUCGGGGAUUGAUGUUGGAGAUGUGACUGAUGCUUUUCUGGGGAUCUCCCCAAACAUGCUUUGGUUUGACUCUUUUGAUACGACAAUGUCGUUGUUUCCAAUUGUCGAUACACAAACAAUGGGUGACGAUUUAACGUGA